AUGCUAGACGAGGAUGGCAGCCAAACAACCCCAGCGCUAAAGGCGGUUAGACGGCCAUGCUGUGCGUCUACGGGAGCCAACAAAAGUCCAGCCAGCGGCGGUGCGGUGACUUUCCCCGACCUCAGCGAGGAGAACCUAACGCGCGCCAGUUGCCUGUCCAGCUUCACCACCACACAGCGACCAUCCUCCUUUUCCCCUUUCGGUGAUCCAUACCUCUCUGUUGACUGA